GCGCGAUCCUAGUCACGCCGCAGCUGCCGACGGAGCCGCACUAUCAACCGGGAAGUCGUGCGAGAGCGACGGCCGACGCCCGGCGCUUCCACGACACAGCCGCGCACGAGGUCAGGCGGUGUCCUGCCGGACGCUUUGGCUGCGGCACUUAGGCCCACGAUGGCGCUCUGCUGCUGGCAUCGGAAUGGCGUCGUCACCUUCGCAGCUUUCUUCACGGUGGUGGGGGUGCUGGUGAUCGCAGCGGGCCGCCUGUGGCUGUCUUGGGCGGCGGUGGCGCAGACCGCGGUCCAGCCUGAAGAGACCGGGCUGCAGUACCGAGCCAGCCCCAUCGACUUCAAGAUCUUCCGGCUGCUGAGCAGGCGCCUGGAGCGACUGUCCGCGUCCGAGAGGGAGGCCAUCGCAGCUUCUCGGGAUCUGUACGAAGCUAAGAUGAUCGCGAUUUCGUUCGUGGCGCUGGGAGUUGUCAAGACCAGCCUGUCCGUCGUGCUGCUAGUGGCCGCGUUGAUGGAGCUGGAGCGAGUGCUGCAGGUGUUCCUGUUUGGGGGUGCGCUGGUGGUGGGCGUGGCAGCGAUGCAGGCGGUGGGUGUGGAGGUGGUGCUCCUCCAAGACCGGCCGGCCAUGGAGUUCGCCAUGCCUGCCACACUCACCACGCGCGGCGCUGCAAUCGUGCUGCCUGUGUCCGCCAUCUUGUAUCUCGAUAAUAUGCAUGGAGUGACUUUUUAUGCAGUCAAGGAGCAGUAGAAAUACAAGACAGAGCAUGAAGUUGUCUACCUCGAAUAUUUAAUUCAACACAAAUCGCCUUGGUUCUUACUAAAUGAAGAAACUGACCAGCUGAUUUCCAGACGCCAUUUGUGUAAGACAAAUGACGAUUGCAAAAGCUAAAUUUGACUGGUGUAGCAAAACUGUUUCAGGACUUAAUAUAUGAGCACAACAGCUAUAAAUGGUCUCCAAAAUUCGAGUUUCUUCUCCUGGAAGUUGUGUUGCCUGUUAAAAGUAGUGAUACAUUGUUCCACACUGACUGAGACUACUGUGAUGUAACUUGUCAAAACUACUUUGGUUGUUAUUACACCACUGGCCAUUAAAACACCAUGCAAAAAAAAUUCCAACUAGCACAAAAUGUACCACACACUUGGA